AUGCGCGGAAAGAAAGACUACCGUAAUGAGGACAACCCAGCGCAUCUCCGCCAUCAGCUGUUUCUACUUUCUAGUUCCCUGACAGAUGGCCUGUGGGAUGCUGAACUCCUCAUACGUCAUGGCAUCCCGUGGGAGGGUGUGCGCGCAUUUCCUCCACAGAAGACGCCCUUGGCCUCUCCUGGGGGCGUGGAGAAGACAAAGAAUCCACGUAUUAAAACCAGUUUAGAAAGUGCGACCGACAUGCAAAUAUACACAGUCUGCAAAUAUGAAAGAUACCCGCAUAACACCCGCAUCCGCAAAUAUUCGGUGUACGUAUCAGAGGGCCAUCAGAUAUCUUCGGGGAAAGGCAGGAAUGCACUCACGUCUCCCUCCCGCAGGUGGCUGAGCGGCGCGCCCUUCGAGUGGAGCUACGUGUCGACGCCGAGCUCGGAGCCGCUGCUGGGCCUCUCCAUCGGGCAGGUUGUGGACAGGGCCGAGCGGCGCUUCGGGGACAGGGAGGCCGUCGUGUCGGUCCAUCAGGCCGUGAGGAGGACCUUCUCGCAGGUCAAGGAGGAGAGCGACCUCGUGGCCGCGGGAUUCCUGGCGGCAGGACUGGAGCCCGGGGACCGCCUGGGGAUCUGGGGACCCAACAGCUACGAGUGGUACCUCACGCAGUUCGCCGCCGCCAAGGCUGGCCUCAUUCUGGUAAGGAAAAGGAAGAGGGCUGAGGAAUCCUCUUUAGUUGUAGCUCAGAACCUGAAUUACGUUAAUAGAGAUAAGGUGAAAAGCACGUACACAAUAAAAGGCACAAAGGGUUCUUCACAAGACGACAUGCCUCUUUUUGAACAUAAUGAGUCCAUAAAUGAAAUGAAAGACUGUCGCACUGAGAAGAAAUUGAUGAAAAUUUUGUGUUGUGAUGUCCCUCAUCCACAUGACCUUACUCACCUUAUGACCCUGAUCCAUCGCAACCCGCAGGUCAACAUCAACCCCGCCUACCGUCCCAGUGAACUCGAAUAUUGCCUCAACAAAGUCGGCGUCAAAGGCAUUGUGUGCGAUGAGGAGUUCAAAACGUCAGAUUACUACAAGAUGCUGUGCGCCCUGGCCCCCGAGCUGCCUUCCUCUGUGCCGGGUGACCUAAGCAGCGCCACGCUCCCGCACCUUAAGAAAGUUUUCUUCCGAUCUCAAGAAAAAUUAAGUGGCACCUUCAGAUUCGCAGAUCUUUACGAAGCGGGCGAGAGUUCCCACCGUAAGAAGGUUGAUGAGCUGUCCUCUAAGAUACAGUUCGAUUCAGCCUGCAACAUUCAGUAUACAUCCGGAACGACCGGUUUGCCCAAAGCAGCUGUCUUGUCCCACCACCAGAUCGUGAACAACGCGUACCACAACAUCGGGAAGCGCAUCGGGUACGGCGAAAAGCCUCACCGUAUAUGCCUCUCCGUGCCUCUGUACCACUGUUUUGGAUGCGUUGCGGGUACCGUCUGUGGCAUGCUGUACGGGGCCACCUGCGUCAUGCCCAGUGCCGGCUUUGACCCCGAUGCCAUCGUCAGGACACUCGGAAGUGAAAAGUUUGUGGAGUUUUGGUGUUCUCUAAUCACCUCCUGCUACGGAACGCCCACCAUGUUUGUUGACAUUCUGAACGCCUACCGCAAGAACCCGACCGAUCUGAGCGCCAUCUCGACGGGAAUCAUGGCAGGCGCUCCUUGUCCUCAGGAACUGGUGAUGGCCGUCAUGAACGAACUCAAAAUGAAGGACUUUUGUGAUGUACGGGAUGACCGAGACGAGUCCCGUGACCUUCCAGUGCUUUCCCUCAGAUCCUCCAGAGGUCAGGUCAUCCACCAUCGGCUACCCGGGAGACCACAUCGAGAGAUGAAUAGAUCAGCUGAUUCCCCGUCCCCUCGGCAGGUGAAGGUGGUCGACGAGUCCGGGGCGAUCGUGCGCGCGGGCGAGGCGGGCGAGCUGCUCGUGCGAGGCUACUGCAACUUCCUGGGCUACUGGGACGACCCCGGGAAGACGAGGGAGAUCGUGACGGAGGACAGGUGGCUGAGGACGGGCGACCUCGUCCUUAUCCAGCCAGACGGGUACGGACGCUUCCUGGGACGCAUCAAGGACAUGGUCAUCCGCGGCGGCGAGAACAUCUACCCGGCGGAGGUCGAGAACUUCUUCAUGGGUCACCCGGACGUGAUCGAGGCGCAGGUGUUCGGAGUGCCCGACGCCAGGAUGGGGGAGGAGGUGGCGACUUGGAUCAGAAAAGCCGAGGAUUCCAGCCUUUCGGACGCGGAGCUCCGGGAAUGGUGCAAGGGGAAGAUCGCCCAUUAUAAAGUCCCCCGAUACGUGCUGUUCAAGGACGAGUUCCCACGGACGGUCACGGGCAAGAUACAGAAGUUCAAGAUGCGGGAACUGACCAUCGAGGAGCUGAACUUGAAGACGUAA